ACACCUCUAUCACUAUCCAUUUCAAGACUAUCUACAAAUUCAACUCCAUAAAAAUGCAGUUCUUCACCAUCGUCUCCGUUGCCGUCACAAUGAUGGGUUUCGCUUCUGCCAGGCCCAGCGAGCACAGCACCGUGGCUCGUGACACAUCAGGAAAUUACCUGUUUCGCCGCGCAUGUGACUGCGACGGAGUUGUUGCCUGUUGCAUCAAUGACUGCGGUGGCCGUGAGCAGUGCUGCAACACCACAUGCAUGGACAGGUUCCCCGAUUGUUAUAACGCCUGCUAAGAGUAUUCGCGGUCUUAUACGGUUUGGAAUAUUACUCGAAAUCUUUGAUUGUGGAAGCUGUGGGUUCAAGAUGAAGGAAUAGCAAGAAUGAGAUGGAUAGGUACUGGAUAAGAAAUAAAGAGUUUGGCCACUCUCAUUCGACUCUAGCCAGAGAAGCACUCGAAUGUGAAGACGUUGAAGUGCAACUGUAAAA